AUGAAGUUCCUCACUACUGCUGCCAUCACAACCCUCUUCGCGGGCGUCGCCGUCGCUGCGCCCGCCGUCGAGCAGCGCCAGACAUACACCCCCUGCAGCGGGACGUACGGCACCGCGCAGUGCUGCGCGACCGACGUCCUCGGCGUCGCGGACCUCGACUGCGCCAACCCGUCUUCCGUGCCCACCGACGCCAGCAACUUCACUGAUGUCUGCGCGGCCGGCGGCCAGCGCGCCCGCUGCUGCGUCCUGCCUAUCCUCGGACAGGGCGUCCUCUGCCAGACCCCGUCCGGCGUUACCGCUCUACGUGCUCAACGUCUCUACGCACUCUUCAAAAAUAAAUCGAGUUGUUCAAGAGAGCUUAACCCAGAGCUCAUCCUGGUACCCUCGUUGUCCGAAUCCGUCAAACAGGGGUCUUCGCAGCACUCCGCUGCCAGCCCAGCAGCGACAGCUACUACCGGCGCCCCGGUGAUCCUUGGACCGGCCGCGGUAGAUCCGUGGUCCGACCCGCCCGAACUGCUGCUGGAAGACGAUGAGCUUUCCCCGCUAGAAGUGGAGCUCGGGUUGGAGCUGCUGCUCGUCGUCGUGAUUAUUCCUGGGCCCGUUGAAGAGGAUGAGCUCGAGCUCGACGAUGACACCGAAGAGGUAUCCGAUGAGGAGGAGGAGGAGGAGGAGGAGGAGGAAGACGAAGACGAAUCGGUAGAUGAAGAAGAUGAGGAGCUAGUUGACGAGCUGGAAGUGCUGCUACUAUCAGUAAUGGUGAUGGUAAUAGUGUCUUGUCGGGCGACGACCGUAUUAUCGACGCCGAUGUUUGGCUCCGCGAAAGCUAGAGCCGCCGAUGACAUGGCCGCAAGGGCUGUGAGGAGAAGGAGGUUUCCACCGUACAUCGUAGAUAAGUAUCUAAAAAUUCCCAAAUUGCUUAGGUUUAUGGAUAGAUUCUUUAUCGUCGUUUUCUUUUUUACGUAA